AUGGUCGCGAUAACUGUCCCGCAGACUCUGGCGGGCUACGGCCUCAGCACGUUUGAGAUCGAGGCAGGCGGGUCUUGCAUUCGCGGGGUUUCGAGGGGCAUCUUCAGAGAAGAUGGCAGCACUAAUGGUGGUUACGAGGAGCCAAUACUGGUGUUGAUUCAUGGAUAUCCGCAGACAUACUUCAUGUGGCGCCAUAUAAUCAAACUUCUCCCCAAGACGACUCGGCUCUUCGCGCCCGAUAUUCCCGGAUACGGCUACAGCUCUCCCUGCGAAUUCGGACACGACAAGGCGACCGUCGGGAAGGCCAUCCUCGCCUCUCUCUCCGCGUAUCUCAAAACAUCACAGACAGCGCAGCCGCAGCGCGUGAUCCUCAUCGGCCAUGACCGCGGCGCACGCAUCUGCCAUCAACUGGCUGUCGACGCGGCGCAACAUAUGUCCUCUUUCACCAUACUGGGUACCGUACUGAUGGACAUUGUCCCGACAGUCGUUCAGUGGCAGGGGAUGUCGAACGUGGCCGAGGCGAAGGGGUACUUCCACUGGCCGUUCUUGGCGAACGCGGAGCUGGCGACGAAGAUGAUACUACAGAUCGGCGGGGACAAGUUCAUCCGAGAGCUCAUGGGGCGGUGGACGGGAAGCAGUGAGAAGGCAAGAGCGCGGGCUGCGGCUGAUGAUGCGCUGGAGAUGUAUGAGCGGCCGUUCAGGUGGGAUAGCGUUGUGCGGGCCUCGUGUCAGGACUACGAGGCCGGUGCCACAGUGGACGUGAGGAUGCAGGAGGAGGACCAGAAGAAUGGACGCAAGAUGGAGAUGCCCGUGCUAGUGCUGCACUCCGCGGGAAUUGGGCGGAGGUUCGACAUGAAUGUCUGGAAGGAUUGGGUUGCUGAUGGCCAGCUGCUGACGGUUGUCGGGCUGGAGGAGGGUGUAGGACACUUUGUUCCCGAGGAAGAUCCAGAGAGCUGUAUGGCUGCCAUGACUGAUUGGAUGCAGAAGAUCGGAGUGCAGCUUUAGGCACGUAGGUAUGUCCUGUACAUAUGUAUGCUAUGCUUCGUUAAACCAAAAGGCUAUAGAGUACUAAGUAUG